AUGGACACGACAAACCCGAACCCGACCACAGCAGCUGGAACGACUGAGGUGAGAAGAACCAUCUCGCCGUAUGACUUAACCUCGGCUGACAACCCUGCUGCCGCACCCACUCUUGAAGGAAACAAAGAGAUGCGUUGUUUUCCACAGAGUAAAGUUGAAGUUAUGGGUAUUCCAUCUCCACUCUUGAAGCUCAAAAGCUGGCAAUGGUGGGUUCUUGUGUUUAUCAACAUCUUCUUCCUCAUUGGUGGUCAAGCUGCUUCUGUCCUUCUUGGUAGGUUUUACUACUAUGAAGGUGGAAACAGCAAAUGGAUGGCCACUCUUGUUCAAACCGCUGCUUUUCCCAUCCUCUACAUCCCGCUUCUUGCUCCCUUAAAACCAUUGUCUUCAUCUAUCUUCUGCUCGGUGUCGUUAUCGCUGGAGACAACAUGCUGUCUCUGUUGGACUUCUCUACCUCUCUGCAUCCACUUAUUCCCUCAUUUGCGCCACCCAGUCCAAGUUCAUUUUCGGGUUUCUGUGUACCCUCGCUGCAUCAGCUCUCUACUCUCUUUAUUGCUCUCCCUCAUGCAGUUCUCCUUUGAGAAGAUUCUGAAGAAAGAGACGUUUUCAGUGGUUCUCGAAAUGCAAAUCAACACUUGUCUAGUGGCCACCUGUGUCGCGUUUAUCGGGAUUUUUGCUAGCGGGGAAUGGAGAUGGAAGGAUCAAAACGUGUACAAGACUCGAGAGACUUUCUCCUAG